CCCUAUGCCUACGGCGACGAGGUUCUUACCUCGAGCAGCUACUCCCGUCCUAGCCCCGAUCUGGUCCCGCUUACGGAUUUCAGGCCGGCGGGGGCAUGCCUGCCGGUGAUUCUGAGUACGGAUCCAGAUAUGGUGGGAGGACUGAGAUCGGUGGCGGAGGCGGAUAUGGCAGGAGGAUUGAGAUCGAAAUAUGGAGAGGCCGCGGCAACGGCGGCCGUCGAAGAUGUCGAUGUGGAGAAGCUCGGAAUUGCUCUCUCUCAUAGCUCUGUGCUCGUAUCCGUCUUCUGCAAACCGCGGGAUGUUGGGAUUCGGGAUCAAGAAGAGGAAGAAAAAGGAGGAGAUGGUCUGAUGGGUUUGGGAGAUGUAUUGCAGAGGUUGAUCCCUCCGGCUCUGAUGAUCUCGCCCUCUAAUGGGCAGCUCGUAGGUUUUGGUCGAGCUGUUUCAGAUUCAGGAUUGACUGCAUCCAUCCAUGAUGUGGUGGUUGUCCCUCAGUUGCGAGGAAUGGGAAUUGGGAAGAUGAUCCUUCAGAAAAUCACAAGAAUACUGAUUAGCAGAGACAUUUAUGACAUUGCAGCCCUUUGCUCUGCCAAUGAGAGAUCGUUCUUCAAAGCUUGUGGGUUUGGAGAUGACAUUUUGGGAUCUACCACAAUGAUGUACACAAGGACUGCUCCAACCUGUGAUAAUGCUGGUGGAGAUUAUCAGAAUCACAUGGCGAAACGUGUAGGCAGAAAACUCUUGCUAAUUCCACCUCCCAGAGAGUUACCUUCUCUUAAGGUAACUGUUGGAGAAUCUGCAGAGGACUGAGCUUGUAUAGUUCAACUCCACAGCCAUUUGGAUAGAAUAUAGACUACAGCAGAGAUCCCAGUCCCAGGUUAGAAAUCGAUUGUUGUACUCUGGUCUAGUCUCUUAGAUCAAUAUAUUUACUCGUUUUCGCCAUGUGGGAUUCUGUUGAAAUUUCGACUAUAAGCUUAAGCUUUACUACCUUAUCCAUCUAUAAACUAAUUUAAUCUUUACAGUGUCCGAACAGAGAGU